UAUGUUGCCUCUUUUCACCACGGCCCGUGGAACUUUAUUGACAUCCACAAAGUAAAACCUGACUCUGCGAAGAAACGAGAUUUCGGUAAUGAAAUGGUUUCAAGGAAUUCAAACCAACUCUGGGAAUUCUCCUGCUAUCUUCUCCAGCUUGGGCUUGAGGUAGAUGCAUUUCUGGCACCAGCUGGCCAUCUAGUCGAUGAUGAGCGUGGCGUCGAGGGCCUCCAUGUUGUGGAUCUCGCCCAUCUCCACCGGCACCGACGCGUCCGAGAAGUAGGCCGCCUCCGCCCUCACCCCUCUUCCUCGACGCCGGCAUAUCCCUCCUCCUCCAUCCCGUUCUCCGCCGCGUCCCCGAACUCCACGGCGGUCGGCGCGACCGCUUUCUUCUCCGCCGCUUCUUCCAUCGGUGGAAGGCACUGGCGUGGCAUGGGGGCGGAGGGAUAAAUUGAAAUUCACACUGAUAGAUGUUAUGCUUUCUUCUCAUCAAAUAGAUGUGCAUGCCACUCUGCACUACUUCAUUUUUUUGCUAACAUCCAUAUCUUCAGAUUGAUGGCCAACACUCACUGAGGUCACAACGUACGUAGUACAUCUGGCACACAAGAGAAAA